AUGAUUGUAGGAGUAGAGAUUUUACUUAUUCUUCUUACGAACUGUUAUAAUACAUUUAGCAAUCAAAAUCCAGGUGUUUGUGAUAAAAAUGGAACUAAAUGUUGUUUGAACUACUACAUCACUACCAAUAAAACAUGUACGGAAUGUCCACCGGGAUUGUUUGGUGAAAAUUGUUCCAACGCCUGCCCACCAGGAAAAUUUGGUAGAUUGUGUUUGCAAGACUGUCAAAGUUGUCGCAGAUCAUGUGAUCCAGUUAUUGGUUGUCACGAAAAUGGAUCAUAUGGGACGUCUUUCUUCCAAUCGUUUGAGUGGAUAGCUACGUUUUCUGUGACAGGAAGCAUAGUCUUUAUUGCAAUAUUCACUGCAUCGUGUAUGGCCUGUUCGUGUGUGAAAAACAAAAGGAAACAUUCGUGGCAGCCAGUAAAAUCAAAGAAAGUAGAAAAAAAGAGUGCAAAGAAACCACAGGGAACCUGUUGUGACGUCAAAAACAGGACAACUAGUACACGUCUACCGUGCAAGAACUGUGCAAUGAACCCCACGGGAAAAGUGAUUGUGAGUGACCUGCCCACCGUUCAAACGGUGUCUCAAGAAGAGGCGCAAGCAGAGCUACCGUCCCACCUCUACUCAACAAUUGGAGCCGAGGAAGCAGUCAGCGGCUAUCUUACACCAGCCAAAACUGCGACGUUCUCAAAAACCCCGUACGGGAGAGGAAAAGACAACUGCAACAACCAAAUUCAUUUAGAAAUUGACGAAAAAUACAUAACGGUCAACAAGAACUCUGCCAACAAUGGCCUUGGAACAUCGGAUGUAUAUAACACCUACUUUGUUUUAGAAAAAUCGGAAAACCAAAACAAGAAUUCGCUUCAGGACCUUCGUUUUACUGAUGACCUACCGCCUCCAAGAUUUUAGUGCACGGGGUAUCGUGUCUUUGAGAAACACAGCACCAAUGAUCGAUGAUUUUGUGUUAACAUGUAGAUACUGGUUCAUUAGAACAUGAAACGUUAAUGUCAGAUGCAUACAUAUAUAUCGAGUAUGUUGACAUAAUCUAGCUGAUAUAAACUUAUUCAAAAUAUUACAAUAUGUAUGGAAAACAAAAUAUAUAACUAUAGCAACUUUGUUUACCGAUGAUAUGUUCAAAAAAUAAUACAUGUAGUAUGUUUGGCAUAUUAUUUUCUAAUAUCCUAAGGACGUUGUUUACUCAGGAUUUAAGUUAUCAAAUUCGGAUUGUUAUAAAGUUCAAUGUCUUGAGUAAAAUGAUCCAUACACAAAAAGUACUAAUGAAUUGAAUCAUAAUUGAUAUAACACUCGAAUUUGGUGCAAACGAAAUUGAGUUUUUAACAAAACAAAGAAAAUUCGGACUAAAUUUUCCAGAUUUUGUUUUUCAUCGAAAUGUUUUUGGCAGUUCUGUAAUAUUAAUAGUUAAGAUUUUAUAUUUAGUCAACAUAAUUUUACAUGUUUUCUGUUGGUUUUAUCUCACCUUUUAUUUAAGAUAAACGUAUGGCACGCUCUACAAAAUUAUUGAAAAAUGCUGAAAAACGAUUUAAGGCAGCAUAUCUAUAAAUUUUGAUCAUUGACCUCAUAUUAAUUUCAUAGAAGCAGAAAAAGGUCAAUUUAAAUAAUUUAAUACUAUAAUAAGUGUUUAAGUAUUAUCGUCGUUCAAUUUUUGUUAAAUAAAAUCAAAAAUGGGAAGGGAUUUGUAAUCUGAUAAAGGUAUAUGUAAUUUGGUCUGGAAUAUUCAUAAAAAUUGCCAAUGGAAACUUUAAAAUGCCUUUUAUCUAUUUAGUUCCACUGCCAUUCAUAAACUGUAUUUCAUUUUUGAACAACUUUAACAAUUUGUUUUAGUUUUACAAUUAAGAAAAUUUCAGUCAUAGUGUAAAACUUUAAGGGAUUUUAAAUUUUCUAAAAUUUGCCAAAAAUAUUCAAUGGC